AUGAUAACAUAAAUAGAGAUAUAUAAUCCUUAAUCAAAUCAUCUGUCAUCAGAUGAUGAGUCUAAUUAAUAUCUCAAUCCAGAAUAACAAGAAUUACGAAAGUUGAAAAAAAUUAUAGAUUUUACAAAGGAAGAAUUUGAAUAAAUUCGAAAUGAGUUUUAAGAUUAAUACAUAAAUGUUUCUUAGUUUGUUUUCAUUUUGCAAGAAAUAAAAAAAGCUGAUGUUCAAACUUUAGUGUACUUUUAUCAACUUAUUGAUACUUUAGAAAAAAACCUUGUGAAUUUUGAAUAAUUUUCAAAUUUUUUAGUCGAAAUGCAUGAUUGGAUAAAUAGAGAACAUUCAUUAUAUACAAUAAAAUUAAAGUAAAAAGAGAUAGAAGGUCAAAAAACUAAUCCAAUUGAUAAAAUGUUUGAAAUAGAUGGAUAAUUUGCAUAUUUAGAGUAAAAUUAAAAGAAACUAUGCAUCUUAAAUCCUAAUAACUUUUCAGAAAUUGCUUAAAUAUCAAUAAGCAAUAUUAGCAUUUUAAAUAUUCUUUAUAUCGAGGAUUUUUAAACCUUGGUGAUGAGUAGUAAUGACAAAUUUUUAAAUUUUUAUGAUUUAAAAGCGAAUAAAUUAUAGAGUAGAUUUUAAGUGCCUGAAUUGCAAAGUCAUCUGUAAUAUAGUUAAGAGAACAAAGUUUUAUAUACUGCAACCGAUAACGGAACUAUCUAUUCGUGGGAUGUUGAAAAAAUUUUUUCUAAAGAAUUCUUGGAGUUUAUAAAAUCCGGACCAAAAUUAUCAGAUUGCUUUAAAUUAGUUAUUGUUGAUUAACCUUUAAUGAUAGAAGAAUAAGAAAAAUAAGAUGGUGUAGUUAAAAAAGGCAUUACUUGUAUGUUAUGCAUAGAUUGCUUAGAGAUUCUGGCUGUAGGAUCAAAUGAUACCUUAAUAAGAUUAUAUGAAAACAAAAUUAAAGCAACAUAAAAAUUAAAAAUAGCAGAAACAAUGAAAACUAAAUUUGGAAUUAAAAAAACAUUGUCCGGGGAUCAUAAAAUAUUGUAAGGACAUAAAAAAAGAAUCAAACAAUUUUCUUAUUGCCCUGAAUUUAAGUAUUUAAUUUCAUGUUCUUAUGAUUAUGAUGUAGUUAUAUGGAAUAUUUAUUUGGAACAUCCAGUAGCUAAAUUAUUGGGACAUGAGGCAUCCUUAGUUUCGGUUUUGAGUAUAAGUAAAAGAAUCCCAAUAAUUGUAUCCUGCGAUAUCAAAGGUGUAAUAAGAGUUUGGGAUCCUAAAACCUUUUAAUCUAUUUAACAUAUAAAACUUGAUGAAACUAACAACAAUAUCAAAUCAAUUAUAUACUUGAAAUAAAAAGAUAUUGUCAUUGUUGGAUGUAGGAAUUUCUUAAUAUAUGAAUUUUAAUAAUCAUUUGAUCCAAAUGUUACAGAUGAUAUGCCAAUUUAAUGUCUUUGCUAUUCAAAUAAAUAUCUUGAAUUGCAUAUAGCCACAAGAAAAACAAUAAAAACAUGGUGUAUGAGAAGUGGGUUGAUUAAAAGACUAAGUGGAAAUUUUGUAAAUCACGACAUUUACACAUUUUGUUUAGAUUAUACACAAAGAAGGGGAUUUAUAGGAACGCAUUAAGGGAAUAUAUUUUGUUUAGACCUAUUCACAGGAAAAAUAAUUAAAGAAAUGAAAAAUAACUUUACUAAAGAAAUUUCUCAUCUUUCAUAUAGCGAAAAGUAUCAUACUUUAAUUGCUUCGUCAUGGGAUAAAUAAAUAAGAAUUUAUCAUGACGAAGAUAAUAAAGAAAUUAUUUUAAGGAAUAUAAAAAACGCUCACCCAACUGAAAUUUAUUGUGGUGCGUUUUCAGAAAAUUUGAUGUUAAUAGCUACAAGUUCAAAACAAUCAGAAAUUCGCUUAUGGGAUUUUGAAAAAGGAACUUAAUUUUCAAGAUUAAAAGCAAGCGGAGAAGUACUUUUUCUCAAAUUUAUGGAUCCUUAUCCUCUAUUAGCUUGUUCAGAUCAUUAAGGCCAUAUUGUCAUUUAUAUUGUGUUAUCAAAUGAUUUGGGAUUACCACCAAGUUAAUCCAAGUCUUGCGCUGUUAUAUGGAAAAACAUGUUUACCAUUAUGAAAGCAUCUCCAGUUUAUUCAAUUGAAUUUAAUCAUAUUGAUGGAUGUUUACUUAUUGGUGACGAAAAUGGAGAUAUUAGAAUUUUAUCAAUUACUCAAAUUAUAAAAAAUUGUCAAAUAAAAAAAAUUAAGCAUUAAGAUAUUGCUUAAAAUAAAAAUCCCCAUAGAUUUUUUUAACUUAAUUACUAGGAGUAUGAUGUUUAAUUGGAACCUUUAAAUCCAUUAUUAAGUGAAAGAACUGCUUAUUAAGUAACAGUAUGGAAGGCUCAUAAAACCUAAAUAAAGUAGAUUAUAAUAAGCUAUGAAUUCUAAGAUGGUUUAAUAAUAUCACUAUCACUUGAUAUGCAAGUCAAGUUUUGGAAUAAUGCUGGGAAACUGAUAUUAAUUUUAAAGUAAGGACAGAAUCAACCUUAAAAUCUAGUAACUAUUUCACAAUUUAAAACAAAAACAUAAUCUCUAAUAGAUUAAGUUGAAGCAGAGUUACCAAAAUUAAGAUAUGCAUUGCCAAUAAAAAAAACAACUCGGUUCAGAUCAGUUACUCAACAUGAUAAAAAUAAAACACGUUUAGGAUUUGAUAUGAAAGAUCAAUACAGAUAACUUGAUUAAAUUGAUAGUUUAUCGAUUUAUUAAACUUUAAAAGAAUUAGAAAAAAUGGAAGAAAAAAAAGAAUUAAGGAAAAAAAGAGAAUUAGAAUAAUUUGGGAGAGAUUAAUAAGGGAUUGGUUAAUUUCAUAAUAAAAAAAAAUAAUUUUAUUGA